AAAUUAAAUAUAUAAAUUUAAAUUUAUAUAUUAGCUUCUUAAUUAUACUUAAUAAUACUAUUAUAAUUUUUUAACCGUAAUUAGAAUCGGUGUCAUCUAAGGUUUCUGUGUAAACAUCGUCAAAUUAUUAUUUUGACUUUGCUAAAAGGGAGUCAAUUGGAUGAUUGCCGGAACGAUUUAUUCAUCACAAUAUUCGUGCAAGGUCGCGAGAUAUCUGUAAUAGGAUGAUGUAAUAGACAUGAUACAGCAUAACGAAAGAUUAGAUUACGAGACUACUCUUCUAGAUUCAUAACGAUGCGACAUAUGCUGAAAUUAUAAUAUUAUACCAUUAAUAGAAAUUUAUUAUCAUUGCAAUAAUUGUUAAUUAUUAUUAAAUGUAUAUAUAUUGAUAAGUUAUUUUCCAUAAUAAUUACGACAUAUAAUAUAUAUAAUACGACUUACACAUAUAUAAUACUUUCAUGUAUCACCUACCUCUUAUUACACGUUAUCGAAUCCGUUAAAUAUGAUUUUUAAAACGAGUAAGUAGUGAUAUCAUUAGAAACUACAUACAAUUGUAUUACGUAAUAGCAAUUGAGCAUGGGUUUGCAUCAGAAGACUCAAGUAUAUAUGAUGAUGUAAGCGUUCGUAUCACGCAGUUGCUCACAGCAGCUCGCUCGGCAGUAUCGCUCAAGCUCGCCGAGCCGCUUGGUUGCACGCGGACAGUUUGCUGCUAGAUCUUCACGUGUCAUCAUGGAGUAUUGGACGAUACCGUUGGCGCUCGUGAUAGGUAUUUUCAGCACCUAUUAUUUCUUCCGGAAUUUCAAUUUCUUCAAGAGACAUGGGGUGAUUCACGUGCCGCCACUUCCGAUAUUCGGCAACAUGGCAUCCGUCAUGUUUCGCCGAAAAGCAUUCCCCGAUUACAUCGCAACUGUGUAUAACAGGUUUCCAGGCGCCAAAUACUUUGGAUUCUACUUUACGACGACCCCGAUCUUCCUGCUUCGCGAUCCAGAAAUAAUCAAAGCUAUCCUGACAAAGAACUUCGACUCAUUUCCUGAUCGACGUGGCUUCGAAGGUGUUAACGACACUCUGUUCUCGAAGAAUCUGUUCUCUCUUAAAGGACAGAAGUGGCGAGAUGUGAGAGCUUUAUUGAGUCCUUCCUUCACGUCCAGCAAGAUGAAGAUCAUGUUCACGCUAAUGUCGGAAUGUGCCGUGGACUUUACCGAGUUUCUGUCGACAUUACCAGAGGGUAAAAAAGGAGACAUGGACGUAAAGGAUGCGUUUGCUAAAUACACGAACGACGUGAUCGCCACAUGCGCCUUCGGGAUUAAGAUUAACAGCAUGAAGGACCCGACGAACAGGUUUUUCGUUUACGGCAACGACGUGACAAAUUUUUCGGGAUUCCGCACUCUCAAGUUUUUCUUCCUCAGAGCUUUUCCGCGGCUCGGAAACGUCCUCCAUGUAAGAAUCGUAGCCAAGCACGUAUCGAACUUCUUCAAGGGAAUUAUAAAGAGCACGAUCGACACGCGCGACUCCGAAAAUAUUAGACGCCCGGACAUGUUGCAAUUGAUGAUGGACAUCAGGGGUAAGGAAGGUCGAAGGGAACUGGACAUCGACGAGAUGACCGCGCAAGCGUUCAUAUUUUUCUUCGGCGGCUUCGACACCACCUCGACCGCGAUGUCAUUCGUCGCUUACGAGAUUGCGACUAAUCCGGAAGUUCAGAAGACGUUGCAGGAAGAGAUCGACCAGGUUGUGAAGGAGUCGAAUGGUGAAGUGACUUACGAGACUAUUAAUCGACUUGAAUAUUUAAACGCAGUAAUAAACGAAGGUCUCAGACUGUUUCCGCCGGUCCCAUUCUUGGAAAGAAUAUGCGAAAACACGUAUGAAUUGCCGCCUACGCUUCCAGGCGAGAAGCCUUUCGUCAUGAAGAAGGGUAUGACAGUUUGGAUCCCGGUGUUUGCGCUUCAUCGCGAUGAGAAGUACUAUGAAGAGCCAGAAAAAUUUCGUCCCGAGAGAUUCUUAGAUAAGGCGUACCACAAUUCGCUGUAUUACCUACCGUUCGGAUCCGGUCCAAGAAUGUGCAUAGCUAACCGAUUCGCUCUGUUGGAAGUCAAAGUCUUGUUGUUUCACCUGCUGGCGCGAUGCGAAUUGAAGCCUUGCGCAAAAACCACAAUACCGGUUAAAUUCAGCAAGACACGUCUUAAUAUGGCGCCCGAGAACGGAUUCUGGUUGAACGUUCGACGUAGGAGCGAUACGCAAUUCACAUUUAAGUCGACGAUGGUUAAUGACAUUGUUAGUAAUUAAAAACUUUUCAAUUUUCUUUAGAUUGAUAUGGAUUUAUUUUGUUUCAUGAACGAACAUGUGUUUACGAUAUAUAUGAUAAAAAUUAUAUAAUAUAAAUACUUUUAUCGGUACUUCCCCUAAUUACUUUUAUUAACACGAUUAUUACUAUUAUAUAUUACUUAUAUUAUUAUAAAUUAGAAGAAUUGUUUUGUCUAUAAUUUUAAUUUUAUACUUAAUUCUUUUACAUUAUCUUCAUUAUAACUUGCGCAUAUUUUAUAGUAUUUAGAACAUUUUUAUACAUUGUAUAUCAAUAUAGUACAGUUGCGUCUUUUUUUAUUCUCAAGAAUAAAUUUUUUGAUUAUUUUAUAUAAA